UUCAUUGCACCCUCUCAAUACUCUUUGCCAUUACUCUCCUCUCCCAAUUUUUCCUCUCUCUUCCUCCAAGAUUUUUUUUUUUUUUCCUCCAAGAUUUACACCUAGCUUUCAAGCUCUUCGCCAAAAAACCGCCUGAUCAGUACAAAACCAUCUCUGGUUUUCCGACAAACAAAGCUCAGACCACACACCGAUACGCUCCUCUCUCUCCCUUUAGGGCUUCGUCGCGUCUUCCUAACAAUUUAUUGAGAUGUAUGUCUGAAGACAACACUAGGAAGAAGGUUAAAGGGCUUGCUUUCAAUUUCAAGUUUAAGAAAGAGAUGUUUGAGCCAAAUAUGUUUCUUGCGGAUAUGAACAACGAAGAUAGCAACAACCACAACUACAACCAUGAAGACAACAACAAUAACAAUGAAAGAUUUCUUCGGGACGAGGAAUUCGACAGUGCGAAUACUAAAUCGGGAAGUGAGAAUCAAGAAGGCGGAUCAGGAAACGAUCAAGAUAAUCAUCAUCCUAAUAAAAAGAAACGAUAUCAUAGACACACUCAACUUCAGAUCCAGGAGAUGGAAGCAUUCUUCAAAGAGUGUCCCCACCCGGAUGACAAGCAAAGGAAACAACUUAGCCGUGAACUAGGUUUGGAACCUCUUCAGGUCAAAUUCUGGUUCCAGAACAAACGCACCCAAAUGAAGAAUCAUCACGAGCGGCACGAGAACUCGCAUCUUCGGGCGGAAAACGAAAAGCUUAGAGGAGACAACAUUAGAUAUCGAGAGGCUCUUGCAAAUGCUUCAUGUCCUAACUGUGGUGGUCCAACGGUUAUUGGAGAAAUGUCCUUUGACGAACACCAACUCCGUCUUGAAAAUGCUCGUUUAAGAGAAGAGAUCGAUCGAAUAUCUGCGAUAGCAGCCAAAUACGUAGGCAAGCCAGUCUCAAGCUAUCCUCUUAUGUCUCCACCUCCACUUCCUCCACGUCCCUUAGAACUCGCCAUGGGAAACUUUGGAGGAGAUGUUUACGGAAACAACCCAACCGAUCUCUUCAAGUCCAUCACUGCACCAACAGAAUCUGACAAACCGCUGAUCAUCGACUUAGCCGUAGCUGCAAUGGAAGAGCUCAUGCGAAUGACUCAAGUGGACGAGCCUUUGUGGAAAAGUUUGGUUGUAGACGAAGAAGAAUAUGCACGAACGUUUCCUAGAGGGAUCGGACCUAAACCGGCUGGAUUUAGAACCGAAGCCUCACGAGAAAGCGUGGUUGUGAUUAUGAAUCAUGUGAACAUUGUUGAGAUUCUCAUGGAUGUGAAUCAAUGGUCGGUUGUUUUCGCGGGGAUGGUGUCUAGAGCGGUGUCAUUAGCGGUUUUAUCGACUGGGGUUGCAGGAAACUAUAAUGGAGCUCUACAAGUGAUGAGUGCAGAGUUUCAAGUUCCAACACCGUUAGUCCCCACCCGGGAAACUUACUUCGCACGUUACUGUAAACAACAAGCAGAUGGUUCUUGGGCGGUUGUCGAUAUUUCAUUGGAUAGUCUCCAGCCGAAUCCACCGGUUAGAUGCAGGAGGCGAGCUUCUGGGUGUUUGAUUCAAGAGAUGCCAAAUGGAUACUCUAAGGUGACAUGGGUGGAACAUGUGGAAGUUGAUGACAGAGGAGGAGUUCAUGACUUAUAUAAACACAUGGUUAGUACUGGUCAUGCCUUUGGUGCUAAGCGCUGGGUAGCUAUUCUCGACCGCCAAUGCGAGCGGUUAGCUAGCGUCAUGGCUACAAACAUUUCCCCAGGAGAAGUUGGCGUGAUAACUAACCAAGAAGGGAGGAGGAGUAUGCUGAAACUGGCGGAGAGGAUGGUUAUAAGCUUUUGUGCAGGAGUGAGUGCUUCGACCGCCCACACGUGGACUACAUUGUCUGGUACAGGAGCUGAAGAUGUUAGAGUGAUGACUAGGAAGAGUGUGGAUGACCCAGGAAGGCCUCCGGGUAUUGUUCUUAGUGCCGCCACUUCCUUUUGGAUCCCUGUUCCUCCAAAGAGAGUCUUUGACUUCCUCAGAGAUGAGAAUUCAAGAAAUGAGUGGGAUAUACUGUCUAAUGGAGGCGUUGUUCAAGAAAUGGCACAUAUUGCUAAUGGGAGGGAUACAGGAAACUGUGUUUCUCUCCUCCGGGUGAAUAGUGCAAACUCUAGCCAGAGCAAUAUGCUGAUUCUACAAGAGAGUUGUACUGAUCCUACAGCUUCCUUUGUGAUCUAUGCUCCGGUUGAUAUUGUAGCCAUGAACAUAGUGCUAAACGGAGGCGAUCCGGACUAUGUGGCUCUGCUUCCAUCAGGUUUUGCUAUUCUUCCUGAUGGUAAUGCAAAUGGUGGAGGAGAAGGAGGGUCGCUGCUGACCGUUGCGUUUCAGAUUCUGGUUGACUCAGUUCCCACGGCUAAGCUGUCUCUUGGAUCUGUUGCGACUGUUAACAAUUUGAUUGCUUGCACUGUUGAGAGGAUCAAAGCUGCUAUGUCUUGUGAGACUGCUUGAAAAAAAGCACCCAUUAUUAGGAAAUAAGAUAUCGGUUUGAAGAGAGCUUUUUCGGUGUUAAGCGGACGAGUCAAGAGCGAACCUCACAAGAUAGACCAUUGAGUAAGGUUAUAUGUGUAGUGUUAAGUUUUUGCUCUGCUCAACAAAUAAGCAGUGUAAAAACUUUAUACUUACAAGUGAAAAUGCAAAUGGUUUUAAGAGGUUCGGGAAUUGACUUCCCCUGCAACAUACUGGAUUAGAAAAGUUAAAAGUUUAAACUUUAAAGGUCAGAGAUGCGCUCAUAAACUUGUUUUUGUGUCAAAGACUUUGAAGCUUGUAUUUGCUUUGUAAGCGUAAGGAAGUUGGUUUAUCAAAAAGCUCCCACUUUAGGUUAUGUAGCAGAGAUUUCAAGCAUGAA